GAAAUUUACUAAACGAUUUUACUUUAACAGAAUAAGAUGGAUUCGCGAUAAAGUUUUGAAGUUUUUGGGACUGACGGGCCAGGAACAUCUUUUCGACAAACUUAUUAACGUAAUUAAUGUUUCUUAUUAGUUUAUAAUUCGAAGGUUUAUUAAAAUUAAUAUUCAUCAUUUUCAAUUAUUAGGCAAAUAAUCGAUAUUUUGAAGACAAGCUACUCAACUUUCUCAUAUUAGAUUUAUACGGAGUGACAGAUUUGGAAAAGAAGCUGAUCUUCUUCUACAAAACUUAUGUCAGCGAAGUAUUUCAAGAGGAGGUUCUGGUGUGGGAGGAAAGAAAAGUGGAGAAACGCGACGAUGACGAUAAGAAGAAAGAUAAAAGACUCGCAAAGAAAGGUAAGAGGGGUAAGGUCAAAGGUAACAAAACGGACACCAGUUCAAUCGCUAGUCGCACGGCAAUGAGCAUCAGUACAUUGCAUACUCCCAGUAUACCAGACUCCAGCGAGGAGGAGGAAGAAGAGGAGGAGGAGGAUGGAGAGCGGAACGGCGAUUUUUCUACUUACUCUAGAAGAAAGGGAGACUUGAAAAGCGCAUCUGUUGGUCAGCUACGUUAUGAUUACAUUGAUUUUGUUCGUUUUAAUAAUAUAUGUAUAUAAUUGAUAAUUGAUAAUUGAUUUUUUCAGACAGUUCCCUUGUUCCCCCACCGCCUGGAGAAGAGGACAAGUACAUUUUGACGAAGGUUAUUGUUAAAUAAUAUGUAAAUUACAAUAACUACAACUACGUCAUUUCUUAUUAUUUUAAAUAGUUAUAAUUCUGUAUAUGAAAAAUUGAUUAAUUCUAUGGACAAAAAAUCAAUCUUUCACUAAGGAAGGGAAGACCGAAUCGCGAUCAAUCAUUUAUUAUAGCUUUGAUUUCACCAGUGACAGCUUAAUCUUAGCUCAACCGAUUCGUCGUCUCUUUCUUCAGUUCUAGUUUCAGAAGGAUACAAUAUAAUAAUCGAUUUAGACCGCAGUUAAAGCGUACCGGAAUUGAGUAACCGAUCGUAAACUGCGCGAUCUAUGGCAAUUGCAGAAAAUGGUGGAGAAAGUUCGUCAGGUACCGGUGCUUCACAUGAUAUGCGGCCAGGUAGAUAGCAAUAGAACCGACCUGCAGGACAUCACGUUCUUCUAUUUUAUGCGCACCAGCGACGAGGGUAUACCCUCCUUCGAUACUUAUGAAGAGUGCCUCAAACAGAUCACGAAUUGCGUGGUGGUUGGCUCGCUCGGCAGGAACUUCUUGUCCUCUUUGAAUAAGAUACUGAUUAACGUAUUUAAACCAUUGGUGGAAAAUCAAUUCAGAGUGCCGGACAUUCGUGAUCAGAGGCGAGCAACGGAUAUGGACGAUGGAAGACGAAAGGAAAUAGAUGUAGAAGCGAAAUCAAUGCUGAGAAGACCAUCUCACUUCGUGACAGCGUCCAAUAUAAUAUCUCGGCAAGACCUGGAUGAGAAAAGAAAGGGAGAUGAUGAAAACACCACAAUUUCCGUGGCCUCUUUACAAGACGAUACGAGGAGUAGGAAACAAAAAUCAGAUUCAAAAGGAUACGAUAAAAAAUCCGAACGGUCUGCUUCGGAGUCCAAAUCAGUUAGUUUAAAGGAAAUAAAGAAACAUCCACUGGUCGAGCAGAUUAAGAAGGAUAUUUUAGAUUAUCUUGACAGUUUAAUCGAGAAGACGGAAUGGACAUUGGAGCACGUCGAAGGCGAUAUCUUGUUGACAAUGCCAAAGAUUCCAGAGUUGAAUGAUCCUGCGAUAACGGACGAUAUAUUAUUGACGAAUAAAGACGUUGUUGAACAAAUGGAACAAGUAGUUAUGUCUUGGGAAAAACAUAUACAGAAGGUAAAUAAUUUAGUAUCUUUCUUUUUCGUAUACUUUUUAUGUAAUUUCAAAGUACUUCCGGGAAAGGGACCAUUAGCUGAGUUUCAACAUUGGCAGAAUUGCGAAACUGGAUUAACGAUGUUGGUUGAACAGUUGAAAAUGCCUAUCGUUAAGAGAAUCCUUGCUCUUCUGGAAACAGCAGUCUCGCCGAUCGCCUCCAGCUUCCACUACUUCCAGACCGAACUCUGGAAGCACUAUGUCCAAGCUAGGGACAACAACAAGUUUAUUCAAACACUGUUGAGAUACUUUAAGUUGAUUAUUGAAUCGGAUUCGUUCGAAUCAAUAUUGGAUUGCAUUCCCGCGUUGAUGGAGGGGCUGCGAAUGCUCUGGGUGUUGUCAAGUUAUUAUUGCUAUGAAGAGAGGAUGAUGCUGUUGAUGGAUCGAAUAUCGUGGCAGCUCUGCGAGACCGUCAAACGGAAUUUAGCGAUCACUCUACUGUUCAAAAAGCCUCUGGAAGAGAUUCUGAAGAAGACGCUCACGGCUAGCGCUAUGCUGAGACAGUGGAAGCGUUCGUACUUGAAGACCAGAAGUGACAUCGAAUUGUCGGGCAAGGGAGAUCGCUGGGAAUUUGAUCAGAAGCGUCUCUUCCAAAAUACGGAGUACAUCGCCGAAGUGUGCAGCGACCUCAACAAGAUCGCCGAUGUUCUUCAGGACUUUUACAAUAUCUUCGGCCUGGAUCUGAAGUCAAUUAUAAACGAUCCGGCGCAGAUCGACGCUGUGAUAAAACGAGUCGACGCGCUGGUGGUGCCGAUCGAAGAGGCCGACUUCGACAUCUUCAACGCGUUCAACAAGGAGAAUUGGGAAGCGUUGACCAAAUGGUUCUACGAACAGGUCAUGUUUCUGGAGGAUCAAGCCAAGUUCUACAUCGACCAGUGCUUCGUGGUGCUGAUCAACGCCGAGAAUUCGCUGGAAAUGUUGCUCAAGUUCAAGAACAUGAAGACCCGGGCGGCUAUUCAGUACCAGCUGCUUCGAAAGUUCGACGUCAUCAUGCAGCAAUUCAGCAAGGAGAUCACCAGCGUGGAGAGCAUAUAUCACCAUGGCAAAUGGCACCCGCCACUACUGACGUAUCAUCCACCGGCAGCGGGAGCGAUCUUUUGGGUGAAACAACUGUUUCACAGACUUCGCAAGCCAGUGUUGAUUUUUCAGGAAGUGCUCGAGUUGAAGCACAGCGAGAUGAAAUUGCUCGCGUUCAACCAGUAUUUCGAUCUCGCGAAACAGCUGAAAGAUUUUGAAGAGGCGAAAUUCAAUUCGUGGCUCGAUAAGGCGCUGCUUACGGUGAUUACCAUCAUGAAGAAGAGCGUGUUGAGGAUAGUGCGCGUAGAACGGGAUUCUCCGGCCACUUUGACCUUCCCGGAGGAAGAGCGAGUCACGAAAGACCUCCAACUGAUUCACGCAUCAUUGAAAAUGAAAAACAAGAAUGCGGGUUCCAUCCCGUCAACUCCGCGCGAGUCCCUGCUGAAGGUGGACGGGGUGAUAUCGAAGCCCAGCGGGGAGAUGGAUUCCAUUGUCGCGAGCUCUAGGAUUAUUUCUGCGACGCAACGUCCGGAAGGGAAGGCUGAUGCCAGAAGAUCCUCACUGAAGGAUGGCAAAGUUUCAUCGGUGUCCUUCGAGAAGCACGACCCGCGCGCGAAGUUCAUCUGGUCGGAGUUCAUGAGCAGCGCCAUUCUGGUAGAGUGCCAACUGCGCUUUCAGGUCAACUUCGACUGGGAGGUGUUCGAGGUCAUCAGAGAGGCAGAGCUGAUGGAGCGGCUGGGUUUCGAACUGCCCGCGACAAUUAGAGACGUCGGCAUUCAGAAGAAUCGGCUGAGAGCGGAUAUCGACGUUACGACAAAGAUGAUCGAUCAGUAUAACAACACUUUGGAUAUGUUGGACAGAGCGGAUAUACAACUUCUGAAGCAGACUCUGCAGGAUGUCGAGAAGCACAUUCAGCCUGGAGUAACGCGGUUUAAUUGGAACUCAUUAAGUAUUUCGGAUUAUGCGGCUACCUGCCAUAGGAUACUGAAGAACUUGAACUCCGUCGUCGAGCAAGUCAAUCAGAUAAAGAAAGAACUUAAUAACCGAAUAAAAUCUGAUUUGCAAUCGUAUCAUUUGUUUUCUACGAAGAAAGAAGUCGCUGAAUCAGAAGAUCUUUUGCCGUGCAAGGUAUUGUGCUAAUUGCAUUACAUAUUUCCUUUUCAUAAUUGAUAAGAUGUAUAUCUUGAAUAUAGGAUAACUGAUAUUUAAGCUGCGCGACGAUUUACGUUGAAGAAGUUAGAAAGAAUAAAAGAAAUGAGAGUAACUUAUACACAAUUACUUUGUUGUGU